GCAGCGCACACCCCGCGAGGGCCGAGUCCGCGGCGCUCGGGAGACCCGGCACCGGGGCGCAUACCCCGCCCGGCCUGGCGCGGCGCCGGCGCCGGGCUUCCAUUCAGUCUUUGACCCUCCGUCCCCACCCUGCCCCCCCGCAGGCCGCACGCACCACUGUAACCGCUUCCCAGGCGGCCGCCGCUGCUUAUCGGGCUGGCGGGCGGAGAGCGCGGCGCGGCGGGGCCGGCGGCAUGGCUGUGUCCUGGAGGAGCUGGCUGGCCAACGAAGGGGUUAAACACCUCUGCCUGCUUAUCUGGCUGUCCCUGAAUGUCCUGCUUUUCUGGAAAACCUUCCUGCUGUAUAACCAAGGGCCAGAGUAUCACUACCUCCACCAGAUGUUGGGGCUAGGAUUGUGUCUAAGCAGAGCCUCCGCAUCAGUUCUUAACCUCAACUGCAGCCUUAUCCUCUUACCCAUGUGCCGGAUGCUCCUGGCUUACCUUCGAGGAUCCCAGAAGGUUCCAAGCAGGAGAACCAGAAGAUUGUUGGAUAAAAGUAGAACAUUCCAUACAACCUGUGGUGUGACUAUCUGUAUUUUCUCAGGUGUGCACGUGGCCGCCCACCUGGUGAAUGCCCUCAACUUCUCAGUGAACUACCAUGAGGAUUUCGUUGAACUGAACGCAGCAAGAUACCGAGAUGAGGAUCCUAGAAAACUUCUCUUCACAACUGUUCCUGGCCUGACAGGGGUCUGCAUGGUAUUGGUGCUCUUCCUGAUGAUUACAGCUUCGACAUAUGCAAUACGAGUUUCUAACUAUGACAUCUUCUGGUACACUCAUAAUCUCUUCUUGGUAUUCUACAUGUUGCUUAUGUUACACGUAUCAGGAGGGCUGCUUAAGUAUCAAACUAAUUUAGAUACACACCCUCCUGGCUGCAUCAAUCUUAAUGGAACCCGCUACCAGAAUAUUCAGUUACCAGAGUAUCUCUCAGAACAUUUUCAUGAAUCUUUCCCUGGAGGAUUUUCAAAACCUGAUGAGCUUACCCAGAACACAUUUGGGAAGAUUUGUAUGGAAGAGCCCAGGUUCCAAGCUAAUUUUCCACAGACCUGGCUUUGGAUUUCUGGACCUUUGUGCCUGUAUUGUGCUGAACGGCUUUACAGGUGUAUCCGGAGCAAUAAGCCAGUCACCAUCAUCUCAGUCAUAAGUCAUCCCUCAGAUGUCAUGGAAAUCCGAAUGGUCAAAGAAAAUUUUAAAGCAAGACCUGGCCAGUAUAUUGUUCUACAUUGUCCCAGUGUGUCUGCAUUGGAAAACCAUCCAUUUACUCUCACAAUGUGCCCUACUGAAACCAAAGCAACAUUUGGGGUCCACCUUAAAAUAGUAGGAGACUGGACAGAACGAUUUCGAGAUUUACUGCUUCCUCCAUCUAGUCAAGACUCCGAGAUUCUGCCCUUCAUUCAAGCUAGAAAUUAUCCCACGCUCUACAUUGAUGGUCCCUUUGGAAGUCCAUUUGAAGACUCGCUGAACUAUGAGGUUAGCCUCUGCGUGGCUGGAGGCAUUGGAGUAACUCCUUUUGCAUCAAUACUCAACACUCUGCUGGAUGACUGGAAACCAUACAGGCUUAGAAGACUGUAUUUUAUUUGGGUGUGCAGAGACAUCCAAUCCUUCCGUUGGUUUGCAGACUUACUAUGUGUGUUGUAUAACAAGUUUUGGCAAGAGAACAGACCUGACUAUGUCAACAUCCAGCUGUACCUCAGUCAGACAGAUGGGUUACAGAAGAUAAUUGGAGAAAAAUAUCAAGCACUGAAUUCAAGACUUUUUAUUGGACGUCCUCGGUGGAAACUUCUGUUUAAUGAAAUAGCAAAAUAUAACAGAGGGAAAACAGUUGGUGUUUUUUGCUGUGGACCUAAUUCAAUUUCUAAGACUCUUCAUAAACUGAGUAAUCAAAACAAUUCAUAUGGGACAAGAUUUGAAUACAAUAAAGAAUCUUUCAGCUGAAAACCUUUGAGAUGAACAAGGACUCUAAAGAAGGAAUGAGUGCAAUUUCUAAGACUUUGAAAUGCAUCUGGAUCAAACAACUGUGUCAUGCCAAAGAGUAGCAAGGUUUUCUUAUUUAUGAUUAUUUAAAAUGGAAAUGCAAAGAAUGUGGCAAGAUGACAGGUCACAUUACAUGUUUAAUCUGGAAACCAAAGAGGCCCUGAAGGAUAUUUGAUGUGAUUAUUCACUUUUCACUGCUCAAAUUAAAAGAAAACUAUUAGAUGCACACUGUUGAUUUUUAUGGCAGAUUCAAGAACUCCCUAGUAAGGUGUUGCUCACUGAGAGGCUGAUAGCUUUGGUCCUCUUUAAAUUGUUUUUGGUUGAACAAAUGCAAGAUUGAACAAAAUUAAAAAUUCAUUGAAACU